AUGGUAGGCAAGCCCGCACGCUUGCGUUCGGGCCGCACUCUAACGGGAGGCGAAGGCGACAGUAUCAGGAAUGACAACGGCGACGCGAGCGGCGAGCAGGGCGGCAUGAUGCCGGGCGAGCUGGUGGAGUCAAUCGAGACCUUCAUCCGCCACCACGCGGAUCUCGCCGACGACUCCGUCACCGCCUUGGCUAACGUGGCCUAUUUCCUGUUCGCCAUGUCAGAGCUCACCCACCAUCCGCUCGCUCCACACAUUCCCAGGGGUCUGCGGCAGCGCAUGGCUCAGGUGGUGCGCAGCUCCAAGGAGGGGCUGCUGGUGUGGCGCGCUGCCUCGCUGCUCGCGCUCACUGAGGCCUCUGUUGGCAACGAGGCAUGGCUGCCCAACAUCGGCUAUGACUCGCCCACACCAUCCCACAAACACAUGAGCCUUGCAGGUCUCUUCUCUGCUGCAGCCAAGGCGGUGACAGCCAUGCAGCAAGGCAGUGGCGAUGCAGACGAUGCUGACGUGGAUGCUGACGUGGAUGCUGACGUGGAGGCUGACGUGGAUGCUGAGGUCAAGGUUGACGUAGACGCUGACAGGGGUGGGGAGAAGAAGAGAGAGGAGGUGGUAAAAGUGGAGGGGGGCACAAGGGAAAUUAUGCAAGUGGAGGGCGAAGGGAAGGAAGAGGAAGUUGCCAGGAAGGAUCAGCUCGUGAGCGAAGGGAGGACUGAGGAGGGUGAGAAGGAAGGGGAUGGGAGAGAAGGGGAAGAGGAGGAAGGUGUGGAGGACGUGAGGGUUUCAAGAGGAGCGGGUAGAGGAAAGGGAAAAAAGUGGCGGGGGAGGGGGGGGAAGGCAGGUGCAGGAGGGCGGGGGAAGCGGGCUGCAGAGGGGGUGACGGGGGGUGAGGAGAGGGCGGGUGGGGAUGUGGAUGAUGAGGGAGUGCGUGAAGUGGAGAUGGUGGGGGGAGAGGGUGAUGUGCUGGAGGUUAGUGGGAGUGAGAUUGAGGAGGUGAAGGGGAGUGUGGUGGUGGAGAGUGGUGUGGUAGAGUGUAGUGCUUUGGAAGUGGAAGAAAGUGAGGACGUGAAAGAGUGUGGGGAGGUGAAAGAGAGUGAGGAAGUGGAAGGGGAUGAGGAGGUGGAGGAGUGUGUGGAAGUGAAGGAGAGUGAGGGAGGGAAAGAGAGUGAGGAAGGAGUGGAAGAGGUGAAGGACCUUACAGUGGAGGAUCCAAGUGGUAAUCAGCAUGCUGCAGAGCGCUCAGGGGAGGUACAGCUGGUGAAGGUGGUACCUGGAGUAGGCAGCAGCGUACAGCCAGUCAACACCAGAGUGCUGAGGUCACACAGCAAUAAGGAGUUGUCGAGUGCGGUUGAAAGAGGUGCUGGAGAGUCACACAGGGGAGCAGCAGCGGGUGGAACGGAGAGAGAUGGAGGGGUGGGGAAGAAAGCAGGGAGAGUGGAAGAUGCGGAGCAGGAGGAAGCUGCAGCUGACGAGGCCAUGUGCCAGUCGCUCGCAUCGUGCCGUUUGCUGCUGCUAAUCAUAGACGCUCUUCUGAGGGACUUCCACCACCGCCGCCACACGCUGCUCACUACUUCAUCUCUUUCCAAGAAUCGUCGCGUGGAGUCGAUGAAGUCAACGCUGCUCUUCCGAUUCCUCCAGGGCCAGGGGCCUCUAGGGCUGGAGCAGCUGUGGGAGAGCGUGGUGGCUCUUGUGUUUGCAUGUGCUGGGGAGGAGGAGGAAGAGGAGGAAGUGGACGAGGAGGAAGAGGAAGAGGAGGAAGUGGAAGAGGGGGAAGAGGAAAAGGAUAGCGAGAAGUCAGGCCUGGAGAGUAAGGGAGGGGCGGAGGACAAGGGGGAAGAAAAACAUGAGGGGGAGGAGGUUGAAGGGGAGGACGAUGACGAGCAAGGGAGAAGGAGAAAGCGUGCUAGGAAAGGAGAGGAGGGCGACAGGGAGGAGGAGCAGCGUGAGAAGGAAAAGGAAGGAGUGAAGGACGAAUUGGGUGGUGAAGCGACGGGAGAGAAGUGUCAAAGGGGAGAAGCGGAGGGGAAGGAGGGACAGGAGGGAGUGCAGGCAGCAGUGCAGGGAGAGGUGGAGAAGAAGGAGGUGAAGCGUGAGUGUGUGCGGAGGGCACAUGCAUGUGUCGCUCCCAAUCGCCUGGAGCUGGCUCGAGCAGCUCAGCUGCUGCUGGCCCUCACCCCACUGCGAGCCCUCACCCCACUGCGAGCCCUCACCCCACUGCGAGCCCUCACCCCACAGCGAGCCCUCACCCCACUGCGUGCCCUCACCCCACUGCGAGCCCUCACCCCACUGCGAGCCCUCACCCCACUGCGAGCCCUCACCCCACUGCGUGCCCUCACCCCACUGCGUGCCCUCACCCCACUGCGUGCCCUCACCCCACUGCGAGCCCUCACCCCACUGCGUGCCCUCACCCCACUGUGUGCCCUCACCCCACUGGAGGCACUGGAGGAUCGACUGGUGAGGCUCUUCGCGUUGGAGCCCAGCGUUGCCAAGAAGAGCUUCUUCCUGCAGGUGGGGAGGGUGCAUGUGCACUGA